AUGGACAAUGAUGAUGAAACAGAAAAUGUUUCGGAGCAUCAAAGAAACACAUCGAUUCCGAUCAUCAAGCUACCUGCUGGUCUCCUAAAAAGGGUCCGAGAACCAUGGAAGAAAUGUCUCAUUGUAAGACUCUUGGGAAAGAAUAUUGGAUAUAAUUUGUUUGUAAACAGGAUGCGGAAACUGUGGAACCUUCAAGCAGGUUUUGAAACUUUAGAUAUUGGCAAUGGCUUCUUCAUUGUGAAAUUCGAAGUGAUGGAAGAUUAUGCUAAAGUAUUCACUGGGGGCCCAUGGAUAGUGAUGGAUCGGUAUGUGACGGUUCGAAAAUGGCAACCGGAUUUUAAAUCUGAUGAGGCGGAAGAGGACACCACCGCCAUUUGGGUGAGGUUCCCAAAUCUGCCUAUUGAGUAUUAUGAUGAAAAAGUACUCUAUCACAUUGCGAAGGUGCUUGGGAAGCCUUUAAAGGUAGAUAUUAAUACUGCCAUGGCAGCACGGGGAAAGUAUGCAAGGGUGUGUAUUGAGAUGGAUCUACGCAAACCGCUUGUAUCACAUAUUACCAUUGGACGAUAUAAUUACGUUGUGGAGUACGAACAUCUACAUCUUCUAUGUUUUUCUUGUGGCCGUGUUGGUCAUCGGAAAGAAAAAUGCCCUGAAUUUUCAGUGAUCCAAUCGGAGAAGAUGACUAAAAAAAUGACCGUUAAUCAAAUGGAUGCAGCAUCUGGGCUAAAGGAAACACAGCCCAAUGGGCAUACAGAUCAUGAGUUAUCAACAGAUAAAGAAACUCAUGGUUAUGGGCCGUGGACCAUAGCAACCACUCGAAGAAAAUACCUUCAUGGAAAGCAUAAAUAG